CUCACACACAAACACAAUAGCUCAAAGGUUUUGGGCAUGGUUUGAUAUAUUAGAGGUUUAAGCUUGCUGUCGAUUGGUACUCCUGGCGGCGACGGCGCAGAGCGGGUGCACAGCUUUGGUGUGCUCUUGCUAUGUGCCAUCAAGAAGUUUUAAAGGAGAGGAAAGCAGCAAUAAGAUUGGCCAAAAGAGAUUGGAAGGUGAAGACAAGAAGGAAGAUGGGGUCAUGGAAAAAUAUGGUAAUAAUGAAUCACAAGGCAAAGACAAGAGAAUCAAAGGGUGCAACAAUAGUAGGAAUAUCAGAUUCAUUGAGUCAAAAUCAAAUGGGCCUCACAUUGAAGCAACAGCUACUCUCAAGAGUAAUCUCAAGAAGACGACAACCUCAAUAGCAGAGGCAAAUCAACAAAGGAGGAAAGUAACCUGGCCUGAUGCACAUGGCAAGGAUAUUGCUCAUAUUCUAGAGUUUGAGCCAAGUGUUUCAGGAGAUGGGGAACUUGAGGGAGUAAGAAAUUCAUGUGUUUGUGCAAUUCAAUGAAACAAGACAUGAAUGGAGAGAUAGUUUUAAUAGCAAUGCUUCUUGAUGAUCAGCAUGUACAAUUUCAUUGUAAUGACAUAAACUUGAGCUACUGUUUCUGAAUUGCAUCCAAAGAAAUUAUCCACAUAACAAGUUUACCAUUUAGGCUAGCAAAGCCAGGAAAAGCUUGUGAUUGUGGUUAUGAUGAUGAGUUGCCACUUCUGAAUAUAUGCCAGAGUAAUUAUCAAAUGA